AUGAUAAGAAGAAGUGUGCUCAGAUUGGCCGGGUAUCCCAAGGCCUCUUUUCAUGAACAGAAUAUAAACCCAUUUUCAAAUGUACAAUGGAAAAGUCAGCCCUUCCUGAAGAAGAACAUGCCGAAGACAGACUUAUUUGCAGAAGAGCACAUUUCGAAAAAUGCGAUAAGUGUAUUUGAUAAGGAGAAAGGGAACUGGUUCGUUAUUGAUGCAUAUAAUAAAAGCGUUGGUAGUUUAAGUGUGUGUAUUAGCAAGUUAUUACAAGGGAAAUAUAGAGUCGACUACAACUCGAAUAGAGUUAAUAGUAGUAGUGUAAUUGUAGUUAAUGCUAUUCAUGUGAAAUUUUAUGGACAUACAUGGGACACAAAAAUUUAUAAAUUUCCAAGAAAGAGUUAUUCAAAAGGUCACAAAAUAUUAACAUGCAAGACUGUUUUUGCAAGAAAUCCAUCUAUGAUUUUAAAUUUAGCUGUUAAACGAAUGUUACCAAAUAAUAGACUAAGGCAAAUUUUUUAUCGUAAACUUUUUGUUUACCCAGGUGCACUACACCCUCAUUGGGGAAUACCCCAAGUUAUAAUUCCCAAAAAAAAAGAAGACAAAGAUUCUGAACAAAGCAAUGUAAAAUCCUUUACAAUUGUGUAA